AUGUCUGACCUCAAUCGAUUCGUCAAAAAAAAAAUAGAAAAAAAUUGUGAAAAUUCCGUUUUUGGAAAGUCAUCAAGAAGCGAAACAAAUAAUGACAAGGGUUUAACAUUGGGUGAGGGAAGGGCUCGAGAUUGUAAUCAAGGGAACAAAUGUGACGCGGAUGGAGGAGGAGCUGAAGUAGUUCUGGAUGUAAGAAUGAACAUGCUCAGCAAGUUGUAUACGUGUUGGUUAACAUGUCCAUGCUUACAUCCAGAACGAUUCAGUUUCCAUAAUGUUCAGCGAGUAGAACUAAGUGAGCAUAAGGCCAUUUUCUGA